AUGGAGGCAAUUGUGCACAGUAAAACACACAAAAAGGGACAGUGUCCAGAAAUCGUGACGUGCCCGCAAGAGUAUCCAUGGCAGACGGCUUCGCUCGCCUACGGCAAACAACAAGCCGUCAUCGUCCACGUCGAUGUCGGAACACAAGCACUAGGCUGCGCGGUCCACAACGCAUCCGCAGCGUACUGCCCUGUUCUGAUCUUCGCGGGCCUCUCACCCUACACCAUCGAUGGUGAACUCCGUGGGUCCCGCACUGAAUAUGUCCACUGGUUACAGGAUGCAAAAUAUCAGAGACGUAUUGUCGAUCAGUAUUGUCGGUAUACGGACGAGGUUCGAACGGAGAGGAAUAUCAAGCAAAUGGUCAAUCGUGCCCUGCAAUUUGCAAAGAGUGACCCACCCGGUCCGAUGUACCUGACUGCCGGCCGAGAGAACUGGUCUGCGUGUACUCGAUUGUCUGGGGAGCACGCCUGCUUUCCCUUUUCGCACCCUGCUUCGUUGGGUCUGGGGAUUGGGACGCACGAAAUUAUUCCAAAGGCAGAUGUCAUCCUUGUUGUCCACGCUGUUGUACCCUGGAUUCCAACCCUCUGCCGACCAUCGCCGGAUGUGCAGAUCGUUCAUAUCGACAUCGAUCCGUUGAAGAAGAAUUUGUCUCUCUGUUACAUCCUCGCGAAGCAGACUUUCCGUGCCGAUGCGACGAUUACAUUCCGCCAGAUCCAUACCCAUAUCACGUCCAGUGACGUUUUCCGAAAGAUCCUCGCCACCAAUGAAUUUCGUCGAAGAGCUACUGCGCUGAAGCAAGCCCAUGCCGAGCGUCUUGCUGCACUUGCUAAAGCAGCGGAGAUGCCUUCCGGUCUCGCAGCACCAGUCAAUAUUCAUUAUCUCGGUCGGGUACUCCGCGAGUCCCUGCCUUCGGAUAAGAUCUGGUGUCUGGAAACGGUGACCAACGCGACGCCCAUAACAAACCAGCUACAAGUCGAUAGGCCAGGUCACCUGAUGGCAACCGAUCAUCUUGCUGGUGGGGUAGGGAAAGGCAAGUUCGUAUGCGAGAUUGUCGGAGAUGGAACGUACAUGUUUGGGUCGCCCGGGACAGUGUAUUGGAUUGCGAGGCGGUAUGAGUUGGCCACGCUGACCAUCGUGCUGAAUAACAAGGGGUGGAACGCUACUCGAAAUUCUCUGGAGCUGGUUCAUCCCACUGGGCUUGGUUCGAAGGUGAACAACAUCGACCUGAACAUCUCGUUCACUCCUACUCCCGACUUUCCUGGGAUUGCCAAGGCUGCUGCUGGGAACCAUGUCUGGACUGGAAUUGCUAUAAAUGCUGAAAAUCUUGGGCAUCUAUUGCCCCAGGCUGUUGAAAGCGUUCAGAAUGGGGUUUUGGCUGUCCUAGAAGGUGUCGAGCUUGCUCCACAUGGUAUCCGGAUCAACUCGAUAUCCCCUGGGCUCAUUGAUUCGGAGCGGACUCGGUUUGUGUGGGACCUCAAGAGCCCCGAAGACUCUGCCAGCAUGGAUACAGCGCCUCCGCUCUCUCGAAUUGGGAAUUUCAAUGACCUGGCUGGCGCAGUUAUCUACCUGCUCAGUGACGCCUCCGCCUAUACCAACGGGGCAGAUAUCGCUAUUACUGGGGGGCUGCAUAUUGGGAGGAUCGAAGCUUGA